GCAUUUCCAAAAAUCAAAAGUGCAAAAUCCAUAGAAGCCGAAACAAAAUGCCGGAAGAAACGAAAAAAAUCGACCUGUCUGGAGAUGGUGGCGUGCUCAAGGAAAUCCUCAAAGAGGGUACCGGCACCGAGACUCCACACAGUGGAUGCACCGUCUCCAUGCACUAUACCGGCCGUCUGGUCGAUGGCACAGAGUUCGAUUCCAGCGUGAGCCGCAAUGAGCCCUUUGAGUUUGCACUCGGCAAAGGCCGCGUCAUCAAAGCCUUCGAUAUGGGAGUGGCCACCAUGAAGCUGGGUGAGCGCUGCUUCCUGACAUGUGCUCCCAAUUAUGCCUAUGGCGCUGCCGGCAGUCCGCCAACCAUUCCGCCAGACUCUACGUUGAUUUUUGAGCUGGAAAUGCUGGGGUGGAAGGGCGAGGAUCUGAGCCCAAACCAAGACGGAAGCAUUGACCGCAUCAUUUUGGAGCCGAGCGAUAAGAAGCGGUCUCCCAGCGAUGGCGCCUUCGUCAAGGCCCACAUUUCUGGUACAUUCGAGGGAAGAGUAUUUGAGGAUCGUGAAGUUGAGUUUGACUAUGGCGAGGGCAGCGCCAUCGGUCUUGUGGAUGGCGUUGAGAUUGCCCUGGAGAAGAUGAACAUAGGAGAGACUUCAAGAAUCAAGAUUAAACCAUCGUAUGCAUUUGGCGGCACUGGCAAUGAGGCAUUUAAGAUUCCACCCAAUGCCACAGUCGAGUACAAGGUGAAGCUUAUCGACUGCGGCAAGGGUCUGGAGGAGUGGAAGCUGAGCGACACUGAGCGCAUUGAUGAGGCCAAGGUGUACAAGGAGAAGGGCACCAACUACUUCAAGAAGGAGAACUGGGGCCUGGCCAUCAAGAUGUACACCAAGUGCAAGAAUCUGUUACCCAACAGCGCCGACACCAACGAGGAGGUAAAGAAGCUAAAGGUGGCCACACACAGCAACAUUGCCCUGUGCCACCAGAAGUCCAACGAUCACUUCGAGGCCAAGACAGAGUGCAAUGCUGUGCUCGCCCUGGAGGCAAACAAUGUGAAGGCCCUCUAUCGUCGCGGACAAUGCAAUCUGAUCAUUAAUGAGCUGGAAGAUGCCCUGGAGGACUUCCAAAAGGUUAUUCAAUUGGAGCCUGGAAACAAGGCCGCUGCCAAUCACGUGGUCAUCUGCAAGCAGAAGAUUAAGGAGACAAAGGACAAGGAGAAGAAGCUGUAUGCCAAUAUGUUCACCAAGCUGGCGGCCAACGACAAAGAGACCGAACCACCACGGGAAACAGAUGUGCUCAGCAAAUGCGGAGAAUGGUCCGAAGAGGAUGCCAAACGCGAGGCUGAUCUAACGCUAGAGCGCGACAAUAUAAUAAUGAUCUAGUCGAGA